CUGGAUUACCUACCGUAAAACUGAUACAGUAAAAAACACAGAGCACAAGCGACUUGCUCCAGAUAGAGAAGAGGUAAAAAGCAAAUAGAUAACAGAAACAGAAAACAGAGAGAACGAAUUGAAUCCUACUAUGUAUGUGCGGCGAUGGAAGCAAAGCUGCCGCCAUCUGAACCCUAGUCGACAAUCCCAUCUCCCCUAAAAUGCCACACUCCGAGCUCUCUUGCUCUGACCCCAACAACCCCGGCCUUUUCGUCACCGGCGGUUUGUUCCUGGAGCCCACAAUCCCCAAAUCGUUACUCAAUUCCGUCUCGUUUAGAAAAACCUCAAACGCCGUCGUGUCCGGGUCGGGUUAUGGGACCCGGUUGAGAUUGGCGGGCGGCGGAAGUGCGUUUUUGUCGGUGAGUUUGAGAAGCGAUGGGGUUGUUCGGGUGGCGAAAGAGGAGUGUUUGGUGCAGAACGGCGACGAGGAAGCGGCGGCGGCGGUGGUGGUGGUGGUUGGAGAGGUGAAGAGAGAGAGAGUUGGGGUUAGGAGAGGUAGGGCCAUGAACACCACCAAGCAUUUGUGGGCUGGUGCCAUUGCCGCCAUGGUUUCCAGAACGUUUGUCGCGCCGCUAGAGAGACUAAAGCUGGAGUAUAUAGUUCGGGGUGAACGGAGGCAUCUAUUUGAGCUUGUUAAGAGCAUAGCGGUGUCUCAGGGCGUGAGGGGCUUUUGGAAGGGGAACCUAGUCAAUAUUCUUCGCACGGCUCCGUUUAAAGCAAUCAAUUUCUAUGCAUAUGAUACUUACAGAAAACAGUUGCUUAGAUUUUGGGGGAAUAAGGAGACUACUAAUUUCGAGAGGUUUGUGGCUGGUGCUGCAGCUGGAAUUACUGCUACCAUAAUGUGCUUACCUCUUGACACGAUUCGAACUAAGCUAGUGGCUCCUGGUGGGGAAUCCUUGGGUGGUGUCAUUGGUGCUUUCCGCCACAUGAUCCAGACUGAAGGGUUCUUUUCCCUUUAUAAGGGCCUAGUACCAUCCAUAGCAAGCAUGGCACCUUCAGGUGCAGUUUUCUAUGGUGUGUAUGAUAUACUAAAGUCAGCUUACUUGCAUUCACCGGAUGGAAGGAAAAGAAUUUUAAAAAUGAGCCAGCAUGGCGAGCACCUGAACGCUUUUGAUCAACUGGAGUUGGGACCGGUUAGGACAUUACUCUAUGGAGCUAUUGCUGGUGCCUGUGCAGAAGCUGCCACUUAUCCAUUUGAAGUUGUGAGGAGACAGCUUCAAUUGCAAUCCCAGGCUACUAAAAUGAGUGCCUUGGCGACUUGUAUUAAGAUCGUUGAACGAGGAGGGGUCCCAGCACUCUAUGCAGGACUUGUUCCCAGCUUGCUACAGGUACUUCCUUCGGCUUCAAUAAGUUAUUUUGUCUAUGAGUUCAUGAAAAUUGUUCUCAAGGUAGAAUGAAGAAUAUAGUGGAACAUUUGUUCAUGAAAAUUGUUCUCAAGGUAGAAUGAAGAAUUAAGUGGAACAUUUGGAGGUACAUGAUUGGAGUUUUACAUUGACAGUGACUCCAAGAGGAGCACCGACUAUAUAUUCAGAUUAGUAGGACUUUAGUCACACGUUAGCUGUUACCAUUAAUGUUUUUGAAAGACUGUUGUAAUAGGCAAGAAGAAGGAAUACCACACAUGUCUCUCCACAUCUUUAUCUUCUCUCUGUUGAUGCUCGGCAUUUGCAAU